ACUAAUGAACGCUGAUGUGGUGGGUGAAAUUGACGAAAAAAGGACGUGGGUGAGCAGCAGUGUAAAAAAAUUCUCACUAACUUUCUCUCGGUCCUUCGCCAAAUUCCAUCUUGGAGAAGAAAAAAACACACACACAGUGAGGAUCGUAAUCGGAAGAGAUGGGGUGGAUGAGUCGAUUUCUGGCGGCAGUGACAUUCUUGGCGAUCGGAGUUAUUUUCUCGCCGGAAACCUUCGGGUCAAAAUCGGACGGUCAGCAUACGCCAAAGCUCAUCACCUUCCUCAAACUGGCCCACCUCCUCUGCUUUUCCACAGCCUGGGGCGCUGCUUUAUGGGUCACCUUCAUCGGCGGCAUCAUAAUGUUCAAGAAUUUACCGAGGCAUCAGUUUGGUAAUUUGCAAAGCAAGAUGUUUCCGGCAUACUUUUCGAUGGUUGGUGUGUGUUGUGCUGUGUCGGUGGUGUCUUUUGGCUACUUACAUCCGUGGAAGACUUCGUCCACUUCCGAGAAGUACCAGCUUGGUUUCCUUCUCGCUGCUUUCGCAUUCAAUCUUACCAAUCUUUUUGUCUUUACGCCGAUGACCAUUGAGCUGAUGAAGCAAAGGCACAAGGUGGAGAAAGAGGUGAAUAUUGGAGAAGAAGUUGGGGGGACUAAGAAUCAAGAAGUUGCAAAGGCAAGUCCAAAACUUGCAUCAAUGAACAAGAAAUUUGGAAUGAUUCAUGGACUAUCUUCUCUUGCUAAUAUCAUGUCUUUUGGUAGCCUCGCGAUGCAUUCGUGGUAUCUGGCGGGUAAAAUCGAUCUUUAAAUUGACUUCCAUUUCCCUGUUGUUGAAGCAACUGGCCUUAGUUAUAUGCUAUGUUGAAUAAUCAAGGUUCCUUUUGCUUCUUUUCUGGGAUAUCAGUUCUCAUUGUUUCUGUGCUGAGUAAUGUUGAACUGAAAAAUGUAUUGAGGAAAGAAAUACUUGUCUCAUUGUAUACUUAUAUGUAAUAUUUCAUGGUAAUGCCCAGUAAAAUACCCUUGUAGUUAGGCAGUUUGAACCUGAUGUGGAAAUGAAAUAAUAUUAU